AUGUCUACCCCGACAGCAGACACUCUCGAGCUUAUCGCCUCUUUGGCCCUGCUCGACAUCGACCGCGUGGAAGGCUCUCGGAAGGGCAAAGAGCAAGAUGGCGCUCCGUUGACCGACGAAGAGCUGGCCUUUCAGCUGUUCGCUGAGGAGGCCAACUCGUUGCUCGUUGCAUCUCGGGACGCCAUCUUAGCGAAGAGCAUCGACAGUGCCCUACGCACCGAUCGAGCAUUAUUGCACACGUAUGCGGCCACGGAGGCUCGGGAGGCCAGAGACAGAAACAUGGCCUUCUCGCUGUCUGGGCAGCCGCCUCCAUCUGCGCCUGUGUACUCUGCUCCUGGCAGUCCCACCGUUCGUCUCACCGAACUAGUUGACAACUUGACUCUGUACCCUAGUGAUGAUGAAGACAACUCUGCCGCACAGUCAUCUUCAAGUCGGAUGGGAAUCUCACGAGCACCAGCUGCAAAAGCUACACCUCAGACCACCCACGACUGUGUCAUCUGUACCGAUCCUAUUCGAGGGCCAGAAGUCCGCGCACCCUGCGGCCACUACUACGAUGCUUCCUGCCUUGUGGAGCUCUUCCGCGGUGCAACAGUAGACGAAUCGCUGUAUCCACCCAGAUGCUGCAACCGACAGUUCGUCUUGCAAGACGUCCGUCGCUUCCUUGGGGAGGGAUUGUACAAGUCUUUCCAGGCCAAAGCGCUCGAGUUCGGCACCGCCAACCGGGUUUACUGCCAUCGUCCCACGUGCUCAGCUUUCCUCGGCGCCACAACAUCCGAACCCACCGCGUACUGGUGCCCGAAAUGCCUAUCGCAUACUUGCGGACAAUGCAAGCAGGCAGGCCAUUUCCCCCGCCUGUGCGAUACAGAACGCGACCGCGAGGUCCUCGCCCUCGCCGAGCAGGAAGGCUGGCGACGGUGCCCCGGUUGCAGUCACCUUGUCGAGCUCGAGGUUGGGUGUUAUCACAUGACCUGUCGCUGCCGCAGGCAAUUCUGCUACGUAUGUGGAGCGAAUUGGAAGACAUGCGGGUGCCCGCAAUGGGAAGAGCGUCGUCUUCUCAACGCCGCCGCCGUCCGCGUAGAGAGACAAAUCCCUCGGGCCGCGCCAGCAGCUGUCUUUGGCCGCCUGGUUCGUGAAGAAGCUGAGCGGUUGAGGACAAAUCACGAGUGUCGGCACACAUACUGGAAGUACCGGUCUGGCGGAGGUCGGUGCGAGAGCUGCUCCUUCAUGCUGCCGCAAUAUCUCUUUCGCUGCACGGGUUGUCAGAUGCUAGCGUGCAACCGUUGCAGGCGGAAUCGGCUGUAGACAUCCUGGGAUUUCCUGUAAAUUCGAACUCAUGUCGUCGUGGUCUGCUUUGCCUUGCUGAAACGUGUCACCCUAAAGAUUCCAUUGUUCUGG